AUGGGCACGGAUAUCAUUGUGGCUCAGAUGAUCGGAACGCUGGGCUGCGGCGUCGCGGCAGGAGCUGUAGCAAAAGACGAAGAAGCUAAGCAAGCAUCCGCAGGUGGCAUCAUGACGCUCUCAGCAAUUAGUAUCCCCAACCUAGCCAUUCCAGCUCGUCGACCCGCAUCCACCACUAUCCCUUCUCGCGAACCCGGAACCCCAAUCCCCCAUCUAACACAUCAAUGGCUGGAUCUUUUCAAUCGUGGAAAGACCACCUUUCCGGCCAUUGCCAUGGGCGCGUCAAUUGCGAAUGGAUACCUUGCCUGGGUGUUUAGGGACACCCCUGCGCCUGACUCCGCGCUUAUGGGUUGGGGCUGGUCUGGCUGUUAUGCAACAGCCAUUGCCUCGACAAUGGGAAUGGUCGUUUGGACAGUGACAAUGAUGAAGAGCACAAAUGAUCGGCUGACAGAAAUUGCGACUCGAGAUGACGCAGCGGUCGCGGAAGGUACGAAGGGCAUGGUUGUGGGUGCGCAUGACCAGGUUAAACGGGAGAACGAGGAGUCUGAAGUACCGGCGCUCCUACAGAGGUGGGCAGAAUUAAAUCUGUGUAGAGCUGUCUUUCCUUUGACAGGGGCGGUAGUUGGAAUUUACAGCAUUGUGUUGAUGAAGUAG